UACCCUAACACUUCUAUCAACCAAAUAAAAAUAAACAAAAAUUCAACUUAUUCAUUGGUAUGCUGCUCCUGCUGCGCUGAGCUCCACUCGGCCACGACCGUCCUGUUCGGCUUCACUCGAGAGAGUGAGCGAUUACCGUGAGUGAGUGACCGAUGAGUGAGCGAGAGUGAGCGAUGAGAGUGAGAGAGUGACCGCCGGAACGCGAUAUAGCGCCAUCUGCGGUGUAAAGCGCUAACCUCCAAACAAGCGCGGGAUAUACCGGAUGGGCCCGCAGCGUCGAAACUGCGCAGUUAUCCCCGCUAGCGUUGAGUUCGCCUGGUUUUAUUUUUCGCCUCAUCGCUGCAAGCAACGACAAUGAACACUGACCAAGAAGAGGCAGUACUGCUAGGCUUGUUGGCAAGCACUUUUCUGGCGAUGCAUGAAGCGGAGAAGCAUUCGCAGAAGAGACGACGCCAGCGGCGGUGGUGGGUUCGUCCAGCUUUGCAAGAGCGCCAAAAGCUUGGUCACGCCACCAAACUACUACCCCUUCUGCGAGAUCGCGACGUGGAGUACUACCGACAGUAAGUUGAGAUGUAGUGUUAUUCGUGAAAACAAUAAAUUACUGGAAAUCGGAUACCUCGAUGUGGUGUUGGCUGUACGUAAUGUAUUUUGUAUUCGUAGGUACCUAAGGAUGCCUCCACGUACUUUCGACACGCUCGUGCAGCUUGUCGGACCCCACAUUCGGAAGAAAGACACUAAUUUCCGGAAAGCAAUCAGCCCCGAGCACCAGCUUGCGCAAACUGUCAGGUAAGAUGUCCAAAACAUACGUGCAUGUCACUGUCGAGGACGUCUCGUGUUCUCUGUGAAAUGAAACAUAAGAAGCGUUCGUUUCAGAUUUGCCCGUGGUAUCAGUGACCCUACCGCCGUGUCUUCUUGGAAAUGCGUUAAUUAACGAAAAUUUGUCUAGCGCAGUGAACGGCUUUUAAGGGUGACAGGUAAUAUUAUACCUGUCGUUUAAGUUGAGCAGGUAAUGUUAAAAGUACGGUUCUCAGAAGCAGUGUUUCUUUAGCAUAGGAACCUCUAUUGUUGUUUUAUAGCAUCAGAGGACGAAUGUUUAUGUCGCUACGUUCCUAUUGUUUGUAGCGUUGAGAAACUGGGCCUGUUUAUCAUUAUACAUUACAUACUCAUGUAUGCUCCUUUGCUUUCAUUGGUUUUGAGCAACAUGCUACCUAUGUCGGAGCCACAUAAUUUGCCAGACAAUUUGCAAUGCAACGUCCUUGUAAAGUUGUUAUUGACUUCCUUUAAGCAUGCAUAUUUUCCCAUUUAGUUAAUUUUGCACCCCCACGGAAAUGUGUACACUCUCUGAAUUUGUUUAUGUAUUUAUUUCGUACAAGUUCUUGGCUGCAGGGGAAACUCUCCGCUCAUCUUGUUUCAGUUUCCUAAAUGGACGCUCGACAGCGUGUGGCAUUGUGUCGUCGGUGUGCCAGGUGCUUUGGGAUGUCCUUGGACCUUUAUAUGUUGCCUGUCCAUCAAGUGCAGAUGAGCGGCCACAGGUAAAUACCAUAUAAUAAACACGUUUUUGAUACAUAUAUUUUUAUUGUGAUUGCGCAUACAUUACUUACAUGUCACCUCUGCAAUGGUCGUUUUCAUCAAUGUGCCUAUUGCUCACAGGACAGCGAUAUGCAUUAAUUCUCAUGUCAUCUAUGCUCAUCUUUCAGAUUGCAAGCGACUUUGAGGAACGGUGGAACAUGCCCCACUGUGUGGGCGCAAUUGAUGGAAAACAUGUUGCUAUCGAAUGCCCCUCAAAAUCAGGAAGUGAGGACUACGACUACAAAAACUGUUUCAGUAAAUCACUGCUUGCUAUCAGCGACGCCUGCUACAGGUACAUACUCAUAAUCGAUGCAUUACUGGUGGUAACAUUAAUCAUGGACAGCAGCAUGCAGUACAGUUAUGUUCAGUUUGAGGUACUAAUCAACAGUGUACUGAUAAUUGUUCUUCAGUAAAAGGCAUUUAUGCUUAGAUGUAUGUUAAAGAGCCCCAGCUAGGUCAGCAUUAAUCCGGAGUUCCCCAUUAUGGCAUACCUUGUAAUCAUAUUGUGGUUUUGGCACGUAAAACCCCUGAAAUUUUAAUGAAUUAUUUGGGUAAAAGGUAGGUAGGGGAGGCUCUUCGCAUUUCGAAUUACUGCAAAUGUGUAAAGCGUUUUGACAAAAAAAAGGACAGCUUACUGUAAUGUAGGCUUUUAAGUUGCAUCCUUGAAGCUUGUUUAUAUAGAUUUUUUUGUAAGCCACUACUUUGGAGUCAACGUAACAGGUAGAUGGAUUGUUUACAGAGAAGUGUUCUUGUUAUCUUCAGAUUUCUGUACGUGGAAAAAGGACACCAUGGGAGCGACUCAGAUGGUGGAGUCUUCAGCCGAAGUAGGCUACAAGAGGCCAUUCUUUGAAGCAAGCAAGGAUUUCCCCCCGAUGCACCGCUUGGCAACGUUGGCAAUAUUCCCUUCUACUUGGGGGGAGAUGUAGCGUUUUCCUUAAAGGACCUGCAUGAUGCGGCCAUAUCUCCGGAAAAGCAAGUUUAACCUUUACGUUUCUUUGCCUACAGGGCUGCAUUGUUUUAAUGUUACUCAUUUAAAGCUGUUUAAUGACCGCAUUCGCAGAAAAACGAACUGCUCAGAACAGAUUGUUAUUGGGUUAGUGCUUAUUGAAUGGUAAUUCGUCAAAAAGGGCAUUCAGUUUCAGAUGAUCACAUAACUCUUGGAGAUGCAAUUUCGUCAACAUAUUUGUCCUGCUAGAAUGACAUUACCCCUUAGUGGACAUGGAUUACACUACCCGGGCACAUAUCGGUCUAGAAAUUUACAACCUACUUGGCGGUUGCUAGCAUAAUCGUAAUUUUUUCGUUAUAGGCACCCGAAUAACUUUGUUGACAUAUAUGUAAAGUUUUGUUUGGAAGUGUGCUUCUUUGUUUCUUUCCUGAGAAAGCAUUUUCUUGAUACACUAGCAAGACAAUGGUACAGAAGCUAGGCACGAUGUACUAUCAGCGUCAAAUGAAAGCCGAACAGCGGAGCGCGUGCCACAAGCACUGUUAACAUUAUAGUGCGCGCCGUGCUGUCAUCAACACUGAACGGCGAGCGCAUCCGGUGUGGCAGCACUGCGCGAUCCCCCUAUAGUGCGUUAUCUUCACUUCUGUUCCAGAUUUCGUAUGGUGGUAGCGGUGGCUGGCGUGAGCGUUCGAAGCGCUUUUCGUCGUAUCGCUCGCAGUUCUUCGCUUUUACUCCAGUGCUGCAUUGUAAUCAGCGUCGCGGCACGAUAAAAAGAAAAGAUACAUCUAAUCGCUUUGUGGUUGUGUUUGUGAUUUCAAGCUAUCGUUUCUUUUUUGUUCAGCACAACCUUUUCCAACCACAAGCGAUCAGCACGCCCAUGCCGGCAACCGUAGCAGCUGCGAGCGAUAUACCGCGAUGCGCAGGUUUGCCGAUCGAAUGCACGAAUGUUGCAGAAUUUUCGCUUCUGUUUUCUUUUUUUUUCUUCCUUUCAAAAAUACUAGUGGGAACACAGGCAAAAAAAAUCGCACUUCAGUGGGGUGGCGCUGUACAAACCGGAUGUGUGGGCCUGUCUGCGCUGAUGACUGGAUGGCGCGCACUAUGUUGUUUCUAAUGCUUGUGGCACGCGCUCCGCUGUUCGGCUUUCAUUUGACGCUGAUAGUACAUACUGCUCUUGCACAUUAUCUUGUCACUUGGGCAUUGUCACAGCUGUUACAGGAAAAGCCUGCGGCUAAAAAUGUGCAUAACUUGUCGUGCCCAUUUUUGGCUGCUAGCGCGGAGAAGGAGCAAUUACAAGGUGACCAAGGCAAUUCUGCAUUGACAAGCCACUUCGCUGAGCCCCACUGCAAAAGGAUAUUUAACUAUCGUCUGAGCAGAGCCCGUCUGGUCAUAGAGACUGCCUUCGGCAUAAUGGCACAAAAGUGGCGCAUCCUGCGCCGCCCGUUCAAAGCUAAAGAUGACAAAGUGAGAAGAAUUAUCUCUGCUUGUGUCCUUCUGCACAACUUCCUGCUCAAGAAGUUCUCCACUUCCCAGUCUGCAUACUGCCCUCAUGGAACAGCUGACCACCUAGACUGGCUAGGAAACAUCACUGAAGGCAGCUGGAGGGCCGAGGAGAGCAGCAACACUGCACUGCUACCACUGCGUAGCACAGGCUAUCACUCAACCAGAGCUGCCUACAGAGUGCGAGACCUCCUUGCCAAGUACUUCGUCACUGAUGGCGAGAUCCCUUGGCAAGAGUACAUGAUCAAGAACACAACACUGUGCAGUGUAAUAAAGAUAACCAAGAAAAGUCAUGCUGAGCUCACAUUGGUUCUUUCAAGACUGGACCCAUCAGAGACAUCAUUGACUUGAAGUGUGCCCACUUCACGGUUGGUACAUCAGCUGCACCUGCUCCGCUUCUCAUCGAGUCUUUGAUUUUAUUGCGGUGCUUGUUGAAAGUGUCCUUCAGGUUCUUGAAUUUGUUUUGAGCAGCUAUUCCUGCAAACAUUUGAUUUAUUUAUACACGCAUGCGUGCAGCGGCUGAGCUGUGGUUUAAAAUAUAGUUAGCUAUUCACAGGUGAAAGAGACUCUUUAUAAGAAAAAACAGAUUUUUACCGGCACGUGUAUAACCGCUGGCAUGUAUACUCUGUAAAGGGAUGGGGAAUGGGAAUAAAACAUUCCAAUGGAUAGUGGAAAAAAAUGAGAACAAAAAUAAAUGUGAAAUGCGCAAGCAGACCUGAUACUAUAAUAAUUACAGGUGAGAUGAAUUUAGGCUUUUCUAUAUGAAAUAGUAUACUUCUUUGUACUGGUAUAAUAUUUGCUGCACUGUUCAUAUCUGCAUUUAUUCAGUGCCAAUAAAAUAAUGUAGCUGUGGAAUACUAUUUGUUGAAUAUCUAAUUACACUUUCACCUUAAAGUAUUUUACAUGCAGAAUAAAUGAAAACAAAUUGUACAGAUAACGGAACACAGGGCAAUAGUGCACAAUAUGUUCAUGUUUCCGUAUGACUCGCCUGCAAAACGUGUAUAUUCGUAGUGCGCCGCUACACAUCAAGUUGCUGUCUCAAAUUGUGCUCCUCGCCACCAUAGAGCAUGCAGCGCAACUGAUGGACACGCAGGAUAGUGAACGGACAUGCUCAGUGUUCGAAAUAGCAUUCUGGAUGUGCGUGGUUUUUCCACCAUGUCCCACCUGGCUGCGCUGUUUACAUUCAGAGAAUGCAGAACCUGCUUGUACACUGGGCUGGCCGGCUGUCAAACAAAAACAAACGUGCUCGCCAGCGUGUUUGGGCACAUGUGUUGCGAUCUUUUAUGGGCAUGACUUCAGAACCAAUUCUGCUUUUCUGACAGCCUAGCGCAAGGCUGUAUUAGCGCAAGGCUGCAGCAUCGCAAGCCUCAGCUGGAGCUUGCAAUAUGAGCACCAAAUUAGGAAGAUCAUAGAACACGCACUUACCCCUCAAUCCAAGUUCACUGCCGAUCUUAUUCCACAGCUCAUCUUUUAGCACGUUUUCCUUGUGCUUGACGUGGCGCUUGUCGAAGAGUACAGGGUAGUUGCAGACCAAUUCUAUCAACAUUUCCGACGUCGCCACAGACUUCGACGACUGCGGCAUGACGCGCGCGUGCGACUCGGCCGCCAUCUUAGAAAUUCUACUCGCGCUACGAUUGGUCCGUGGCGAGGGAAUCCGCCGGCAGCUGCCGCAGAAAUCGGUCCGAGACCGAUCGGCGCGGAAAGGGCUAUUCCGGCGGAUCUCGCGGCCACCGAACUCGGUUCCGCGCCGCUCCAGACGCCGAAUGUCUCAGUGUGAACGCGCCGAAUCGUCCACCGCCACUACUGCCUGAAGUGUACUUGAUUCCCUCGUAGCGCCGUGUUUAUAUCAGUAUCAUGGGUCGUGUCGCUUAUUUUUCCAGGAAGGUGGCGCUGCAGGAGUCGUCACGGGAAACCAUUUACGAUAACUCAAACGGAAGCUCUAUACUUUUCGAAGUGAGCUCAGGGUGCCUUAGAACAUGCACUUAAGAAGCGAGCUACAAUAAAAAAGAAGCAUGUGCUUGCUACGGUAAAGCUAGGGACACGGUGGAGCAUGCUAUAUUAGAAUGGGAAGAUACCUGCCCGGCGGUCGAUUUAGGCACCUUUGGCCUCCUUGGAGCUCUUGGAUUCAGCGAGAGCAGGGGAAAGUAAACAUGUGCACAACAGACAUUAGUAAGAGGCGAUAUGAAGAUUGGUGGAAGUAGGGAAACGACAAACAACGUACAAAAACCAAGUUCACCAGAAAGUUUGGUGAUGGAAAUUCUUCGUGCUUCUACAGCGAACCUGUUAAGGGCUCACUCUUUGAUGGUCGCGUCCGGUAAUAGAAAAAAACUCUCUUUGGCGGUAUGCUGUAUGUGCGAGUGAAAGCGCGCGAGGGUGAGGGACGCGCGCUUUCAUGGGGAGCGAACGCACAGCGG